CUAAAGCGUUCGGUUGAAGACGCGGCUAAACGCGGUUUAAAUAAUUUGGUGCAACUACAAAUUGUGAAAAUUGUCACUUUUAGUGCAUUUGCUAAAUAUAUGUAUUGCAAAUUUUACUUAUGAAAAAAAAUCCAGCAAACACAAAUAACAAUUACAACAAUAAGUGUGUGCGCACAGAUAAGUUUUGAAUGAUUGUGAAAAGAAAACGUGUAAACGCGGCGUGUUAAAACAAGAAGUGACGAAUAAGAAGAAAAAAUAGUGCAAAAACAACAAUUACAACAAAAAGCAAAGCAAAAAAAAAAAAAAAAAACAAAAAAAAUAAGAAAGGAAACGUGCGUGAAACAAAAAAUUGAAGAGCAACAUUCGAAUAAUCGAACUUACACAGCAAUAUGCCGGCCUUAAAGGCCAAGCAGCAGCAAAAGCAACAGCAACAGCAACAACUACAAGUACAGCGGCACGUCAGUUAUAAGCCAACACUACAGCAGCCACAACAACAACAAGCACAACAACCGCUGCUAGCGGCAAAGCAACAGCAGCAAGCGGCCAAGAACUGGUUCUUACAAACGAAAGCAAGAGCAACACAAAACACAACAACAACAAAACAACGAAAAUUACAACGAUGCACAGCAAUAAUAGCAAAACGCUGCGCAUCAACGCUGACACCAACAAUAAACGCGACGGUGGGCUUGCCAUUUGUUGUCGCAACAACAAACGCUCACCGCUCACCAUCGCGCUGCUGUUGCUCGUCUGCACCUUUGCGGUGUUAAGCAGCGAUAGUUGCAGCGUUGCUGCAGCCGGCAGUAAUGGCAAUAGCGGCGCUGGCGCUGGCAUCGGUGGUGGUGGUGGUGUUGGUGGUGGCGCGUCCGUGCGUACCGGCGCCGGUAAUCCACGUUUGCCGCGCACGAGCGCCAGCCAGCUGAAUAGCGGUAGUAAUGGUGGCCUGGGACUGGGCGGCGGCGGUGGUGCAGGUGGUGGUGUCGGCGGCAGUGGCGGCAGCAGCAGCUUCAAAUUGGCCGCAAAAACAUUGAACAACACACGCAACGGAAAUUUGCGAACAAGAGAACAACAGCUCCUCAAUAUCUUUGAGGUCAUAAUAUCGACGCUCGAGGGCAAAUUGAAGCGCAUCGACAGUCUCGACAAGUCCGUCGAACACAUGGUGAAGCGCAUGGAGGCGCUGGACAAUCGUGUAGCCGACAAUCUACUUAAAACCGACGCUGUCAUCUCCAAACUACGCACACUAGACAACAAAAUCACCAACGACAUACACGGCUCCACACAUGACAGCGGCAAUGGAAGCGGGCGCUCAGCACGCAUUGCCAAUAUGGCCAAUGCAGAGCUUUUGGACAAUCGUCUAUUGCUGCUCGACCAAAAAGUGAGCGAUAUUGACACGAAGCUCGAGGUGCUCAAAACACAAAUCGAUAAUAAUUUCCUACAAGUGGACGAUAUUAAUGCGGAGGCGAGUGAGAAGAAGCCCAUAAGCAUGAAUGUUGUCGAGAUAACGAAAGCAAUGAAUGCGGAAGUAAUGAAUCACGUGUCGACGGAAUUGAAUGAAUUGCGCGACACGACCGACAACAUCGAUAAGAAAUUGCAAUUCCAUAUAAAUAUUGUAUCGGAGAAUGUGGGACGCAUGUUGCGCAUGGUUGGCGAUAUACACGAAGCCGUCGUGGAUCAUCAAGAGCAGCUGAAUUCAUUGAAUGCCACAACAACAGCGAUGCCGAUUAUAAAGUCGAGUAAAAUCGAUGCGCUCGUGAAGCAAAUACGACCAAUGGUCUCCGUGUCGGAGAAAAUGGACGAAGUGUGGGACGUUGUGGUGGGCACAAAGUCCUCCGUUAUCAAUGAUUUGCUACCCAAAUCGGAUGCUUUACUGACGCAAACGCAACGACAGGAACGCGCUAUCGGUGAGAUACAUCAUGAUUUGAAGGCGAAAACGAAUCAAAUAAUCAACAACUUGGAUAUGGUGGAGAAGCGCUUAAAGAAACAGGAAGAUGAUGUGCAGCUGUUGGCUCAACGACCAGUGCCAGCUGAGUUGCUGAUGGAUCCCACUAUUGAUCGACUCGUCGAAUAUGAUCCAAAUCGCUACUCCGUAAUCGAUGAGUAUCCCGAGGCGAAUAUGCCCACCACACCGAUCGGCUCCAGCGCCAGCUCGACCGCGCCACCGCCGACAGCGGCCGCAACAACUGCCACGCUUAACGCAUACACCAAUGCUGCUACGACAACGCCCAGUCCAUCGGUGUCUGUGGGCAGUCAGCCUACGGUAACCGCAUAUACCGUUACCGCUGCGCAAAUGGCUGCUAAUUUGGCUGGUAACACAGGCGCUUCCACAGCAAGUGUCGCAUCAUCGGCUGCUACUACCACAACGACAUCGGCCAAGCCACUCUCGCGCAAGGGUGGCAUUAUUUUCCCCAGCGUGAAAAAUAAACCGUCUGUGGUGAAUUCGACAUUCUCCACCGACAUACUCGCACUGAAGGACAUAAAGGGUUUUUCGUGUGUUGACCUUUUAAACGCUGGUAUGCGUCAUUCUGGUGUGUUUUAUCUACAAAUUCGUGGUACAACCUAUUGGUUUUUAAAGGUGUUCUGUGAACAGGAAGUCGCUGAUGGCGGUUGGACGGUUAUACAAAGGCGUGAUGAUUUCGGUGAGCCUCGAGAAAACUUCAAUCGCGACUGGGCAGACUAUAAGAAUGGCUUUGGUGACCCAGCAAAAGAGUUUUGGUUAGGUAAUGAAAAUAUUUAUAUGCUCACCAAUAAUGAGGAUUACGCGCUGCGUGUUGAGCUAGAGGACUUUGAGGGCAAUAAGAGAUAUGCGCAAUAUUCACACUUUAAAAUCCAUUCCGAAGCUGAUUACUAUAAAUUAGAAAUUGAUGGUUACGAAGGCAAUGCGGGCGACUCGCUUAAUGAUCCCUGGUACGGCUCAAAUAACAGUCCUUUCUCGACUUAUAAUAGAGAUAAUGAUAGGAGCUCCCUGAAUUGUGCUAGUAUGCUGAAGGGCGGCUGGUGGUGGAAGUCAUGCGGUCGUGGCCUAAAUGGUCUGUACUUACACGAUCCACAAGAUUUAACUGCCCGUCAAGGCAUCGUUUGGUUCCGUUGGCGCGGCUGGGACUACACCCUCAAGAAGGCUACCAUGAUGAUCCGCCCACGUGCACCACAACCUAUGGGUAGCACAGCAUCGACUUCAUAAGCAUUGAGCGACCUUCGUGCACCUACUUGGAAGCGUAAAUUGUAGAUGAAGACAACAAAUGUUUUCAUACACUUAAAAAAAAUCAACCGCAAAGCAGUUUCAAUUCAAAGAUAGUAGUUUUAAAAGCAACGCGAUUAUUUACGAAACGAAGCUGUUUUCAAGUGAACAGUUAUUUUUCAAUUGAAAACUUCUGCACUACUGAAAAUAAAGCGGAAAUACGAAUUUGUGCCGAAAAAAUUUCAUGCGCUCCCGCAAACAUACAAACUAUUCGCAAACAUAACACAUACAUACAUAACUACACACUUGCAUCUAAAAUGUAAUUGUACCAAAUUUUCGGGUUGAUUUGAUUUUGUUUUUGAAAUUAUGAUUAUACAUAUUUUUUUGUUUUAGUUUUCGUUGAUAGCCAAUUAUAUAUACGUUUACAUCCUUUUUUGUUAUUUGUUUUACAGAUAUUAACUUAUUUUAUCAUACAUAUUGCAUAAAAUACAUACAUAUGUACAUUAUUUUCGUACAUGCAUAGAAACAUUAUUUUUAAAAACUAUAAAUAUAUACAUAAAUGUAUAUAUAUAUAUAUAAUAUUGGAAAGUAUUCUAUUGUUAUCACAACAAUUGCCAAAUUCAUCAACCAUCGGACUUUGUAGAAAAUUCUAUGCAUGAAAUUCCUAUUGUGACGUAGCGCGUUUGACGUAAAUGUCUCCAAUAGCGUUAGCAAUAUUCGAAAAUUUAUAAAUAAAAAUUGGCCGGUUAUGUGACAAUAUUUUGCCCUCUAAAUUUUAGUUAAAUUGCAGCAUAUGUAAAAAACAAUUAUGUGCAGUUAAAUAUUUAAGUAAAACAAAGCAACUUCUUUAACUAAUUGCAUUAACUAACUGUCCAACAUAAGUUUAUCUCUUCGAAAUUGAAGUAAAGCUCUUUCAUGUUUUAAUUUCAUACAUUUCUUGCGACAUUUCUCGUGACAAUUAUAUCAACUUCAUCAAUUUAAUAUUUAAACUCAAAUCAGUUAUCAUAUUGUAAAUAUUAUUCCUUCCUCAUAUCAGCAACAUAUUUUUAUACUUUCGCAUCAUUUUCUUGUUUUUGUCUAUUUUUACCAGUUAAUAUGACAUUUGUUUGGUUUCUUGUAUUCAUUGUUAUUCAUAUUUAUGCAAUCAAUCCAAAAAUGUACAGAACCUUCAAUAUACUCUUAAAUAGAAUUCGUAAUGGACAAAACAAAUAUAGUAUUUGUAAGAGAUUUUGUAGACAAUAAAUAAAAUAGUUAUAAAAGAAUUACCUGUGUUAAAAUUAAUUUGACAUUGCGGACAAGUAGGUAAGUAUGCCUAAUAGAAAGCAAAAAAAAAAAUUAAGAAGGGAAGCAAGAAGGUGGUACUUUGUGAACAAUUUCGGAGAUUGUACCGUUGCCUUGGAUAAUUUCGUGAAGAUAUCUCGAAAAAAGUUGUUUCUUACAAGAACUUGAUUAUGAUCGGUCAGUUUGUAUGGCAGCUAUAUGCCUCAGUGGUCCGAUCAAAAAAAUUUCUUUGAAGGUUGUUUCUUUGCCUUGGGCAAUAAUCCAUGCCCAAUUUCGUGCAGGUAAAUCAUCAAAAACAAAAGUUUUCCAUACAAAGACCUGAUUUUGAUUGUUAGGACUGUAUGGCAUCUACAUGUAUAUAGAUAGAUUAGAUAAAUAGAUGAGGA